AUGUCGGCCGUGCUGUUCCUGAGGAGCUCCCUGAGCAGACUGCCGCCGAGGGCCGCUCGGCAGGUCGUCGGCUGCUGUUAUCACACCGAGAAGGGCGUCUACGGGUACCGACCCAAGCGGACCGACCGGGAGCAGGAGUUACACAGAGACCGGAUCGCAGCGUUGAACCAAGAUCACGGUCUUGCCCGUCUGGUGGAGGCGUACAGAGUACACGGACACAAGGCUGCUAAAAUUAACCCCUUACUGCCACACACGCCUGUUGUCGACACCGUCCCGGAGAUUGAGCUGCUGACUGGCACCAUCACUGGACCACUGAACACCUCAGGUCUGCGGCACUUUGGAAAGGCCCAGGCCUCAGUGGAGGAGGUUCAGGCCUACCUGGAGGAGGCCUACUGUGGCCACCUGUCAGUGGAGACCAGCCAGCUGAGCAGUCUGGAGGAGAGGGAGUGGUUCGCUGACCGCUUUGAGGAGCUCAAAAGACAGAGUUUCUCCCCAGAUGAGAGGAAGAAGCUGGCCAAGAUCAUGCUGGAGUCUCAGGAAUUUGACCACUUUCUGGCCACUAAGUUUGCUACUGUGAAGCGUUAUGGAGGCGAAGGAGCGGAGAGCAUGAUGGGCUUCUUCUAUGAGCUCUUCCACCAUUCGGCCCACAGCGGAGUCACCGACGUUGUCAUCGGCAUGCCUCACCGAGGCCGACUCAACCUCCUGACAGGCCUGCUCAAGUUCCCUCCAGAGCUCAUGUUCCGUAAGAUGCGCGGCCUGAGCGAGUUCCCUGACACCUCGCCUGCCAUCGGCGACGUCCUCUCCCACCUCACCUCCUCGGUGGAGUUGGAUUUCGGAGCCGGACACCCUCUUCAUGUCACCAUGCUGCCCAACCCGUCUCACCUCGAGGCCAUCAACCCCGUGGCUCAGGGCAAAACCAGAGCCAGGCAGCAGCUCAGGAAAGAAGGAGACUAUUCACCUGAAGAAGACGCCCAGCCGGGAGACCAGGUCGUCUGUCUGCAGGUCCACGGUGACGGAUCCUUCACUGGCCAAGGGAUUGUUCCGGAAACACUGACCCUUUCAAACCUUCCUCACUACAGAGUCGGUGGAAGCAUCCACCUCAUUGUGAACAACCAAGUGGGCUACACCACCCCAUCAGAGAGAGGGAGAUCCUCGUUGUACUGCAGUGACGUCGGUAAGAUGGUGAACUGUGCGGUGAUCCACGUGAACGGAGAUGAUGCAGAGGAGGUGCUGCGAGCCUCUCGGCUGGCUGUGGAGUAUCAGCGGCGUUUCAGGAAAGACGUCGUCCUGGACCUGAUCUGCUACCGUCAGUGGGGCCACAACGAGCUGGACGAGCCCUUCUUCACCAACCCGGCCAUGUACAAGAUCAUCCGGUCCCGUAAGAGCGUCCCCGACUCCUACUCAGACCAGCUGAUAUCAGAGGGUCUGAUGACUGACGCCGAGCGCGACCAGAUCAAAUCCAAACACUACGGCAUGCUCAACGACAAGCUGUCUAACAUGACGCUGUACAGCCCUCCGCCCACCAACCUGCAGGGCCGCUGGGGCGAUCUGGUGGAACCGCAGGCCAGAGUCAGCACCUGGGACACGGGAGUCGCCGUCCCUCUGCUGCAGUUUGUAGGAGCCAGAUCUGUGGACAUCCCUGAACAAAUCCAGCUGCACAGCCACCUCGGAAAGACCCACGUACAGGCUCGGUUGCAAAAGUUGGAAGAGGGAACCAAACUAGACUGGUCGACAGCAGAAGCCCUGGCGUUCGGCUCGCUCCUCUGCCAAGGCUUCAACAUUCGAAUCAGCGGGCAGGACGUUGGAAGAGGCACAUUCAGCCAGCGACAUGCCAUGGUGGUGUGUCAGGACACCAACGACAUGUACAUCCCUCUGAACCACAUCAGCCCUCAGCAGACAGGUUUCCUGGAGGUGUGUAACAGCCCGCUCUCUGAGGAGGCAGUGCUUGGAUUUGAAUAUGGUAUGAGUAUCGCACAGCCAAAGCUUCUGCCCAUCUGGGAGGCUCAGUUUGGAGACUUCUUCAACGGAGCGCAGAUCAUCUUUGAUACCUUCAUCACUGGAGGUGAAGCCAAGUGGCUGCUGCAGUGUGGGAUGGUGAUCCUGCUGCCUCACGGCUACGAUGGAGCUGGACCUGAACACUCCUCCUGCCGUAUGGAGCGUUUCCUGCAGAUGUGUGACAGUAAAGAGGAGGGUGUGGAUGGCGACUCUGUGAACAUGGGGAUAGUCAACCCCACCACUCCUGCUCAGUACUUCCACCUGCUGAGGAGGCAGAUGAUUCGAAACUUCCGCAAACCUCUCAUUGUGGUUGGACCCAAGACGCUGCUGAGAUUCUCUGGCGCGACGUCCAGUUUAACUGAACUGGCAGCAGGAACAUCCUUCAGGCCGGUGCUGGGUGAUACUUCUGUGUCAGGAGAAAGUGUCCAGAGGGUGGUGCUGUGCUCAGGGAAGCAUUACUACGCCCUGCUGAAACAGAGGGAGACCUCAGCAGCCAACCAGAACACAGCGCUGGUCCGUGUGGAGGAGCUGUGUCCGUUUCCUCUGGACGCUCUGCAGCAGGAGCUCAAAAAAUACCCCAAUGCCAAAGAGUUCAUCUGGAGUCAGGAGGAGCCUCAGAACAUGGGUCCCUGGUCGUUCGUGGCCCCCAGGUUUGAGAAGCAGCUGGCCUGCAAGCUCCGGUUAGUGAGCCGACCUGCCCUUCCUGCGCCGGCGGUCGGCAUCGGGACCCUUCAUCAGCAGCAGCAAGAGGCCAUUCUCACCGCUACCUUCUCCUAAGACCUACCAAGACUGGAAGCUAAAAUAUCUGUAUAACAAGCAUCGGUACGAAUCUACAGACUGUAUCUGCUGCAAAGGCUGCUGCACUGAUACACGGGACCUUUACACAGUGUCUUCACAUAAUAGAGAAACCAAAUCAAAGGAAAUGCUCAAGAGGAAGGCAAGGUGGGAUUUUAUGUCUGCUUGUUUUUCUCUAUUUCAACACGCCUGUAUUUUUUAAUUGUUGAAGCUUAGAGGCUCCCCACUCGAAGGCCUUAGAGACCAUGUUUACAAUGUGACCGUAGUAGCAACACACUUUCAUAAUUUUCAGGAUUGUGCACAAUACUGUGAACGUGUCAAGCCUGUACAAUCAACAGCGUAUUCAUCUCAUGCAUGUAGUGUGUGCGAGUUGUUCAUUUUUGUACUGUUGAGAAUAGAAAGUAACACUAUAAGGUUUGAAAUCACUGAGCAUUAACCUUUAAAUAAGUAUGCAAGACUGAGAGUGAUGGACAAACAUCACAUUUUAAGAAGGAGAUGAAGCUGUUUCUGAACAAGCCGAGAAAGUUACCAUUGUCAUUUUUAAAUGUUGAUCCUACUCUGAAUUAGUGACACGUCAUCGUCCAAAUUUAGACAGAGAUUGUUAUUAUUUAAUCCGUUUAAACUGGCACUUGAAUUAAAAAUUGUGGAAAUAAAGGGCUAAUGUACAUAAAUGAAAUCUGAAUAUUUUCAAAUAAAGAUAUUUUCAUGUUUGUGCAUCA